GCAGACGCAGCCGCUGGCCCCCCUGCCACCGUCGUCGCUACUCCGGCCUCCGAGGGCCCCGGGGCGGCUGGUGCCGGUGACUAUUCACUUCCCCGAGGACGGCUCUUUGAACUCCUGGACUGGAUUGAGAGGUACCAAAAUACAUGUUCACUUAUAGUGAACAAGAGCAUGUUCCCAAACUCCUCGAACUUGGGUCGUCCACCCUUCCAUCCAAAGUAUCAGCAGCCCAAUAACUUCUUCAAACUUCCCCUCAACUUGUCCCCAACUCUUUCUCACCAGCAGAUUAUAGAUGCCCAGUUCAACUGUCAAAAUGUAGAUCUACCAAGAACUCUCUUAAGUGGGAACCUUUCACCUAUCCCAACACAGUCAUUAACUUAUGGAAAUCGAAGUCCAAUACAAACAUCAACUUCUCCGGUAUUCCGAGGAAGGAAGAGAUUAAGCAAUGAACAAAAUGUUCCCCUUGAUGCUAAACGAACGAGGUAUCAUUCACCCCAUCACGAAUCAAAUGUAGCAAACCAAACAGUGCCUUUACCAGAUGAAAGAAGAUAUUCAGCACCAGGAUCAGUUACUCCACCGUUGUUGCAUUCGUAUUAUGUACCAGAUUUAGUCAGAUCUGUACCACCCUUUCGAGAGGCACCCUUUUCAGAACCUAGAGAAAUAACACUUCCAGUGGCCAAAGAUGAGUUGAGUCAGCAGGUAUUGAACCUAUUUCAAGUAUGUCAGCAGCGAACAUGUGACUUGAAGAAGAAAGAACUCUGUCGAUCACAAUUGCAGAGAGAAAUUCAACUGGUAUUUCCACAGAGCAGACUCUUUUUGGUUGGAUCCUCAUUGAAUGGAUUUGGGACAAGGAGCAGUGAUGGUGAUUUGUGCCUGGUUGUUAAGGAGGAGCCAGUAAAUCAGAAGACUGAAGCAAGAUAUAUACUCAGCUUAGUCCAAAAACAUUUCUGUACUAGACUUUCAGGCUACAUUGAGAGACCUCAGCUGAUUCCAGCAAAAGUGCCAAUUGUAAAAUUCAGGGAUAAAGUCAGUUGUGUGGAGUUUGACUUGAAUGUAAACAAUAUUGUAGGAAUAAGAAACACAUUCCUGCUCAGAACCUAUGCAUAUCUCUUAAUUUUACUUACAGUUGAGAGUCGAGUUCGUCCUUUAGUACUGGUGGUUAAGAAGUGGGCAAGUCACCAUGAAAUAAAUGACGCUAGUCGUGGCACAUUAAACAGCUAUAGUCUUGUAUUGAUGGUUUUGCACUAUUUACAAACCCUACCUGAACCCAUCCUUCCAUCCCUCCAAAAAAAUUACCCAGAAUCCUUUAAUCCUUCUAUGCAGCUGCAUCUUGUACAUCAUGCUCCACAUACCAUUCCUCCUUACCUCUCAAAGAAUAGGUCAGCUCUCGGGGACCUGUUGUUGGGCUUCCUCAAAUAUUAUGCCACAGAAUUUGACUGGAAUAACAAAAUGAUUUCAGUUCGUGAAGCCAAAGCCCUUCCAAGACCUGAUGGUGUUGAAUGGAGAAAUAAAUUCAUCUGUGUAGAAGAACCAUUUGAUGGAACAAAUACAGCCAGAGCUGUGCAUGAAAAGCAGAAGUUUGACAUGAUCAAGGAUGAAUUUCUAAAGUCAUGGCACAGAUUGAAAAGCAAGAGAGACUUGAACAGUAUACUACCUUUAAAGAGCUACUAUGCAGAAUAGAUAACUGGCUUCUAAUUCCUAAUUACUUCUGAGAAAUAAAGGACAUUAUUAACACCUAAA